AUCACGUGACAACCACGUUACAAGCAUCAAUUUUUUUUACAGGAAGCUUGUGUUCAAUCAACUUGUUCUUAUAUCUCAUAUUCAUCAGUGUAAAUUAUUGAAAUACAAUAAUCAGAAUACGGAAUAAAACCGGAAGUUAUGGAUGUAAGGAUUCUUUUAAGUAUCGCCAUUGUCAUUCCGUUGAGAGUGAAAGCAGGUUUUACCGAUUUCGAGACUGCCUCCAAAGACUGGUUCAAUGUCCUCCUCCGUGACGACAUAGACUGGAAUCUACAUAAGGGUGGUUUGACGGAUUGGAAAACGGGGACGAAGGGAGACCACACCACAGGGAAAGGAAAAUUCUUAUAUGUGGACACAUCUAACGAUUCGGGGGCUUCUGCUAUACUGGAGAGUAGAAUUCUCCAAACUCCAGAACGAGGAUCGUGUGUCUCGUUUUGGUACCGUGUUUCCGGUAACGAUGUUGGUGACGUCAUGAUUCAUAAAGUUGAAGUGGUAGAAGGAAGAACUGAGGAAAGGGUAUGGUGGAGACGAAAGGGGCAUCAGGGAGACAAGUGGAAUUUUGGAAGAGUCACAAUCCCAGCAUCCGGUACUAAAUAUUAUCAACUGGUCUUGGAGGCCAAACUCGGAGGUGGAAGUGGUGGAAUCAUAGCGCUGGACGACAUCAACCUUGAUGUAAGCCAACCAUGCACGGAUUCUCUUGAAAACGGAGGGUUUAUGAUCGAUUUUGAAACCCAACCAACAGCAAUGCAAAACAAAGAAAACGUAGAUCAUUUUGACUGGAUAAUCCAAAAGGGACCGACUCCGAGUUCCGGUACAGGUCCUUCUGGUGACGUCACAUCCGGCCAAGGUCAUUACCUAUACUUGGAGGCUAGUAAAAUGUCAAGCGGUCAUACAGCUUACUAUCUUAGUAUUACCGUGCCUCCCAGCCAUAAUGGUGCCUGUCUAUCGUUUUAUUACCACAUGAAUGGAAAUCACGUUGGUACUUUGACCGCUUCUGUCCUAGGUAAACCUGGCUGGGUAUCCACGGCUACCUCCGUAUGGACUAAGUCGGGUAAACAGGGAGACAUGUGGCAUUUCGCCGAGGUGUCUCUGGAGAAAACUCGAACCGCGCAAAAAUAUGAAGUCAUGUUCACAGGAAUUGUUGGAGAUGGUUACCAAGGAGACAUUGCAAUUGACAAUAUCAUGUUACAAAAUAAUGGUUUAUGUUAAUUAAAUCCAUUUAUUGCCAAAACAAAUUCAGAUAUUUAAAUAUGUACUUGUUAUUUUGCAAACAUGCAUGUACGGAAAUGUGUUGCCUCCUUUUUUCUAAUAUUAAUAAAUAUCAUCAAUUUGC